AAAAUGUAGCUUGGACUGACAUCAGGUCAAUACUCCCAUCUCUAGCCUAAGAAAAUUGUAAACACGACGUGGACUUGGAGUAAUUAUUAGAAUUUAGCCAAAAUAAUGCAACAAAUUGUAGCAAUUCUCUUGCUGGCGCUUGUUUAAAUGGAUUCACCCAUGCAUUUGAUGCCUGGAUGAAAAAUAAAGAAGACAUUCUGGAACAGGGAUAUUGCCUGUUCACCAGUAAUUUCAAGUUAUUUGCAGACUUGGCGGAGCCCUUUUUUUUUGCAUUCGACGUAUUCCAUCUUAAAGAUAUGCAAAAUGCCCCAAAGGAGUUGUAUAAAUGGAAAAUAUUUUCGAUUGCGUUCUCCACGUUAAAAGGGGACUUGCAAAUUGUAUAUCUAAAAGCUAUGACAACAGGAGUAAAUCGACUUGGCUCUGCAUCAAUAAAAGAAGGUGUGGAAAUAGUCCACAACACUCUGUUAAAAAAACCAUCGUUGCACCAUAAAUUGGUUUGUGCAAUAGCUAAUAAAUGUGCAGCGAAUAUGACGGCUAUUAGCUAUCUCCAGAGUAUGGGUAUUCCCGUAAUUUACGACCUAAACCAUUUUACAAAUACCAUGAAGAGGAAUAAUAACUUUGAAGAAGUAUUCAAUAACCUCUUCAUGGUCCCAAAUUUCAACAAAUCGAACUUCUUGGAAUUAUUGGGGAAAACAAAAGAUCUUGUGGAGAAAAUUGUGCCAGAAGAAUUGCAGCACAGAUAUUUUGAUGAGAUUCUCAGCGUAGAAUGCAUGCUCAAACGACUGUUCAAUGCAUUCCCCCAAUGGAAUAUGCAGCUUUUCUUCUUGAACUCGAACCGCUUUGAGCUAUUGGGAGCGAAGCUGUGCAAUGAAUUGCACUCGGAUGCGGAGGAAGGAUUUUUCAAAAUUAAUGACCUCAAAAAACCACAGAUUGCAAUUAAGUUUAUUGCAUCUCUUACCACUGUAAAGGUCCAUUUAAUAAACCUUGAAUUAAAGAAAAAUAGAAAAUGGAUACAAGAAUUCAACCAGAUGAUGGAUGAAGAAGAAGCCCCCAGACCAUCCAAAAGACCCAAAUGGAACACGGACACGGUGGAGGAGUUCUUUGAAACGCAUUUGGCCAAGGAGGGUGGUGGCAAGAGCUCGUACAGUGUGGUAGAGGAUGCCGACGACGACGAGGAGGAGGAUUACUUGCGUACCAACAGGAUCUGAAAUAAGCAUUCCCUAAAAUAGGUAGAUUAAUAAAAUUCUCAAAACUCCAACAUGAAGUACUAGAUGUUUUUUUGAAUUUAAUAAGAUUGUAAAAUUAUGUGAUCUGAAAGGUUAGGAAUAUCAUUUUAAUUAAAUUAUUAAAUUAAAGUAAUUAAAGAAUUUCCCAUCAAAAGUCCCCACCACAGACUUGAGCUACAAAUACCGUUUCAUAUGAACUUUCGUGGAGCUUUUUUUGAGCGCCAGCUGGAAAGCUCUGGGGAACAGUUUAAAAAUAUAUAUCUGAUAUUCUACUGCAAUGCGACGCCACGAUAGCCGAAGAUCUUGAUUCAUAAAUAAAAGUGAAUACGCCUUA